GAUUAAUCGAAUUAUAAAUUAUUAAGUCUUAAAAAAGAUAAAGAAAAUCUAAAUAAAUAAAAAAGGAAUUUUAGUAAAUAGUCUCUUAAAAUGGCCUAAACUGCUCAUCAAAAUAGAUAUCAAGGUGGUCUUUGCUAUGCCUAAUGCAACGAAUUAUUCUCUUUCUGGAAUCCUUCUAUUCAAUAAUGCUGGAAGGGUUGCGAUUUCGGAGUUGGCAGAGUCAACGAUCCUGAAGGAAGAAUCGAAGCUCAAUAAAUGUGCAAAAGAUGGGCUGCUGAAUUAUACUGGACUUACAAGGGUGAACUCGACACUAUCAAGGAUUUGAGAGUUCAUGCUGAUAUGUACCCUACUACUCCUUAAAAUGUUUACAGAGCUUGCUUAGCUGGUGUCCGUAGAUAAAAGUUCUGA